AUGGGCGUGCCCGGGGAGAGCUCGCCCGCGGCUUCCGCCGCGUCGGCAGCUCCCACGAGCCCGCGCGCCGCCGCCCCCGCAGCAGCAGCAACAGCAGCAGCAGCAGCUUCUGCUGCUGCUGCUCCCGUGCUGCGGGUAAACCGCUUCGUGCUGCUGGCGCUGCUGUCCCUCUACUGCUUCCUCUCGGGCCCCGCGUACUUCAACUGGUCCCCCAUAGCGGACUCUUUGUAUGUGCAGGGGACCUACGAGUGGCUGUGCAGCGAGCAGCAGCAGCAGCAGCAGCAGCAGCAGCAGCAGCAGCAGCAGCAGCGCGCAGCAGCAGCAGCGCGGUACGCCCCCAAGUGCCCCGCGCAGGAGCUGGCCGUCAGCAAACUCUUCGGGAUCGUCUCCUGCUCCCACUUUGUCUUUUCUUUCUUCGGAGGUUUGCUGCUGGACUCUGUGGGGCCGCGAGCAGCAGCAGCAGCAGGUUUGCUGGCAGCUCUGGGGGGCUGGCUGCUGCUGGCCUUGUCUUCUGCUGCAGCAAAUGGCUUUGUUGCUGCUGCAGUGCUCAUAGGGGCAGGGGUGGACAGCGCCUUUUUGCCGUGUCUCUCUGUGGCGCAGCUUUUCCCCAGCAGCAGCAGCAGCACCAUUUCUGUCUUGGGCUGCUGCAGGGCUUUGUCCUUUUUGCUGCCGCUUGCUGUUCGUGCUGCAGUGGUGCAGCAGCAAGUUGCCACCUGCCGCCAGGCGCUGCUGCUCUACGCCUGCUGCUGCCUCAUCUUUUGUCUCCUUGUUGCUGCUCUCUUCUUGCCCCCGAGGCCCUUCACUGGCCCGCAGCAGCAGAAGCAGCAGCAGCAGCAGCAGCAGCAGCAGCAGCAGCAGCAGCACGAGGGCUGGGUGGUGGAGGUGCAGCAGGAGAAACCGUCCCACGGGGACCGCCCCACGCUGAGCGCAGCGGAAACGGGAGAAAGCUGCGAACUUACAGCAGCAGCAGCAGCAGCAACAGCAGCAGCAACAGCAGCAGACUCUCCCCCCUUGCCGCUGCCAGCGCCCUCAGGCGCAGCAGCAGCACCCGCAGCAGCAGCAGCAGCAGCACUAUCACCAGCACCCGCAGCAACACCAGCACCAUCAGCAGAACCCGCAGCAGCAGCAGCAGCAGCAGCAGCGCCAGCAGCAACAGCCCCGGCGCCCGCAGCAACACCAGCACUAUCAGCAGAACCCGCAGCAGCAGCAGCAGCAGCAGCAGCGCCAGCAGCAACAGCCCCGGGGCCCGCAGCAACACCAGCACCACCAGCAGAACCCGCAGCAGCAGCAGCAGCAGCAGCAGCAGCAGCGGGAGGGCCUAGCUUCUGGUCGGAGUGCUGCUCGAGUUUGUACUUGCCGCUGCUGCCUUACUUUUGCUUCACAGUGACGAACGCUGUGGGGUUUGCUGCUGCUGCGCUGCAGCUGCUGCCAGCAGCUUACGAGUUCAGCCAAGUUGCUAUAACUCUGUCUUUUAUUCCAAGUCCCCUUUUUGGGGUUUUGGCGGACCUUUGGGGGGUUUUGCCGGUGAUGUUUGUGGUUAGCAGCUGCGGGCUGCUGAGUUACGUUUGCUGCUGCUUCCCGCUGCUGCCUGCUGCAGUGCUGCUGCCUGCUGCAGUGCUGCUGCAGCACGCGGCGCCGCUGCUGUUCGCGCUGCACUGCUCCUUCUUGAUGAGCCAGCUCUAUGCUUUUGCUGCAGCAAACUUCUCCCCCCAAAACUCCGGCAAACUUGUGGGGUUUGUGUCUGCUGCUGCUGGGCUUUUUUCCCUCGUGGGGGCCCCCCUCAGGGCCCUCGCGCUGCAGCACGGCUUCCUGCUGCUCUGCUACGUUGCUGUUGCUUUUGGCCUCGCCAACUACUUCAUGCUGCUGCUGCUGCUGCUCGCUUCCAGGCGCAAGCGCCGCCGAGAGCGGCAGCAAGCCCUGCUGCUGCAGCAGCAGCAGCAGCAGCUGCUGCUGCUGCAGCAAAGCACGCAGCAGCCCGCUGCCGGCCCGGCCAGCAAGUGCCCACACCCCACGCACCUUGACGUCUAG